CUCCGGUCAAACGACAACAACACGAACUUCUGCAGGUACAGAAGUGAUAUCUACAAAUAUAACAACACAAAUUUCUUCAACUUCUGAAAUUCUGAUAAUGAUUACAUCUACAAUUAUAACAACUCAAACUUCUGCAACCUCAGUGAUCACAGAAAUGCAAGCAUCCACAAAUUUUACAACUUCAGAGGCUCCCGUAACGACUAUCAACCAAGCACCUGCAAUUUUUACAACUCCAACUUCUGAGAGUCCUGUGAUGACACCAACAACUGCAUCUAAAGAGACAACACUGCAAACAUCUAUAGUGCAGACAGCUGCUCCCGUUUCUGAGAAGCCAGAACCGCUUACAAGUUCAUAUUACAGUCCACCCAGUAGUGGAAGACCGCCGAUAACUCUACCACCAACAGAAACUACAACAACUAUUAAUAAAUGCACAGAUACAAAAAAUUGCCAUAUUGACACUGAAACAAAAGCUUCCGGAAAAAUAUUUACAAGUACAGCUGCGGAUCAAAAAACUUCAUUUGGAACUGAUAAGACAAUUACAAAAUUCACAACUACAACGUAUAUACAAACUAUUACACAAAUAUUUCCAGGAUACACAACAACUAUAACUGUUACAACUAAUGGAAAUGUACAGACAUAUGAGACAUAUUAUCCACCCAGUACUGUCGUUGUGUUUCAGCCAGUGACUGCUACUGCACCUAUAGAAGAUACUUAUGGUACACCUAAUAACAUUGGUACUAGUUUUAAAGAUAAUAAUGGAUUAGUAAAUAUUAUUUUGAGUUUAUGGCUUGUAAGUUGGAGUUUAGUAUACAUGAUUUUAACCUAA